AUGUGGCCGAUUCGGAAUGAGCCGUGGUUUUACUGGGAUUGGGAUCGGGACAAGUCGCAGAACCAUCUGCUUGGCGAUCACCGACUUCCGCCCGGUACAUUUGUGGUUCGACCGAGCUCUUCGGCUGGAUUCGCGUUGGACGUAAAGUUUGGCCCACGCGUUUUCAAGCCGUUUCGCAUCGACCAGGACCAAGACAACCAUUAUUACUACAUCGAAGAAGAGUUCAAGUUCCGUUCUAUCCAGCAGUUGGUCCAGCAUUAUCAGACGAGUAAAUCUCCGCUACUGAAGAUCCGCCUUGGCAAAUGGCCUGUCGAAGCGCGGGCGGCCGCACCGCCCUCGCGAGACGAAUGGGAGAUCGACUCGCGCGAGCUAGUGAUUGGCGUCCUUAUUGGCCAAGGAAAUUUUGGCCUGGUGAAACGGGCGAUGUGGCAUCGAUUGCCUGUGGCUGUCAAGACCCUCCUCAAUAGCCCAAAUCGUGAUGGCGAAAAGGACUUUAAAGAUGAAGCCCAGCAGCUGAAAGAGCUCGAUCACCCACAUAUCGUCCAGUUAUACGGGGUAAUUACGGUGAAACAGCCAUACAUGCUGGUAACCGAAUACAUGUCUGACGGAUCGCUGCUGCGUUACAUGCGAAAAAAGGGAUCACCCGUAGACCACGCACAAGCCAUUGACAUCUUGAUCCAGAUUGCGGCCGGGAUGGAAUAUCUAGCAGGAAAGGGGAAAAUCCAUCGCGAUCUGGCGGCACGUAACGUACUCAUCGACUUGAGCGCGCGCAAAAUCGUCGCUAAGGUGAGCGACUUUGGGCUGACGCGCAACAUGCCCGAUGAUCACUACUACACGUCUCACGGCAAUUUUCCGGUCUGCUGGAGCCCGCCAGAGGCACUGGAAACGUACAGCUUCACGGAACGUUCGGAUUGUUGGUCGUAUGCUGUGGUGAUGUUUGAGCUAUACACGAGCGGCGAAGCACCUUAUGCCAGAGAGAUCGAGCAGGCGUCUAAGCGCCCAGACUACUUGCUGAAGUGGUUAGAGCAAGGGAACCGUCUUCGGCAGCCGGCACGAUGUCCGGAUGCAGUUUUUUCGAAGAUAAGCAAUCCCUGCUUCGCCAGGGCCUGGCGUGAACGUCCAAGUUUCACCGAGAUCCUCGCCAUUCUCAAGGCGCUGAAGCCCGAUGAAAUCGAACCACCGCCACGUACAGAACACAGAAACGGCCAGCCAACGCCGAAGCGA